AUGGAUACCUCUGCCCCCGAUGGCAAAGACCCCACGCUCUCUGGCGACCUUGGCCAGCUCUUCCCGCUGGACUCUCUAUCGGACUGUGGCGAUCUCUCCCCCACUAUCUCCACUUCUAAACGCCAUCGUCAAUCACCGCAACCCUGGAGUAAAGACUGGUCCCUGCAGGACGACAGCUCUGCUGGCGAUCAGUUCGCUUUUCAAGACACUAUUCAUCCCUCCGCCAUCUCAGACCUCGGCCUGAACACCUUCGAACGGACCCCCCGCGACUUCUCCCUCUACUCCCCCGCUACUCCUCGGCGCAAAGCGAACAAAAGUGCACUCAUUACCCCCAAGUCUAUUCGCCAUCGUGAUCCGCAUGAGCGUCGUGCGCUGCUGCGCAAGCAAAGUUUCUCCCCCAGCUUGAUGCGCUCGUCUAUCCAGAAAGGCAGAAUGGCGUACCCCGAGGCCUGGGCCCAGAGGAUCCAGAACUUUAGCCUCACUGGCUCAGACGAUCGCCUCCCAUUGUCUCCCCCUCCCUCCGAUGUUCUGAUUCAGCAUGAGAACAUGUCCACCGACACAUCCACCAUGAACCACCACAGAGACUCGGUAGAGAUGCCCCCUCAGUAUGAUGCUCGCCUCUUCCACCAGUCCCCCGCUGUUUCCAUGCCAUCUCCCUCUGCGGGCGCACUUGCCCGUCAUCAACAACAAUAUAUGGGUCACUCUGGCUCCUCGGCAUUGACCAACUCGAGCCCUCCCUCCGCGGAUGAAAUCUUCUCUUCCUCGCACUCUUCAGAUCCUCAUUCUCUUUCAUCAUGGCAAUCAGACAGCUUAGCCACCUCUCUCUCCUUCACCCCCGAUCUCCAGAGCCACGAUGCACAAUGGUGGUCUCCCAUGGCCUCUCGAGUCGCGCAACAGCAGCAGACCAACUACCAGACCAUGGUCACAUCACCUGCGCCCCAGCGCUCCAUGCAAAGCGUCGGGAGCCAAAAUGACUUGAUGCAAGGAGGGCUGAUGAUCCAGCUGGAUCCCUCCUUCGAAAUGUCCGGCGACUCCUCCAUGCUCCCCAUGAACAACCAAAAAUUCAUGACUCCCUUCACCGCUCCUCAAGUCCACAGCACCUCCCGCUCCCCAUCACUAUCUCCCAAGUCCGGCUCCUCACAUAAGGAUACACGCAAUGGUGUCAAGGGGAAUAAUAUCCGCAAGCACAGCCGCAAGCUCUCGGGUCAAAGCAUGAAUGGCCCGAGGCCUGCAAAGAGCUCCACCAGCCCCCGCGGAGCAAACAAGUCUGUCAGCGUGUCCUUCGUCAACUUCACCGCCCAUGACAGCAAGAAGAUUCUCACUGGUGUGGCUCCUUCCGGUAGCUCCAAGACGAAGGCUCGUCGGGAGCAAGAGGCGAAAGACCGACGCCGCAAGUUGAGUGAGGCUGCUCUUCGCGCCGUUCGCAAUGCCGGCGGUGACGUGGAGGCUUUAGAAGCCGUACUAUGUUAA